UUUUUAUUUCAUAUUUUAAAUGCCUGAAUUUUCGUUUAGAGUAAAAUAAAAAAUUCUUUGAGUUUGGCUUGUUUUUUUAAAGCAAUUCCGGCAUAUUUAAAUAAAUGCUGUGUUACAGAGAGGUCGGUCAUCACCAUUGCAUGAAGCCUAUGUUUUGAAUGACGAAAUGGUAAUUAUAAUUGUAUCAUCAUAUUAUUGAGAUAAUGUUUUUGAGGAAUUGGGAGUUUUUCGAGAAUGACAUUCAAUGAAAACGAUUUUGACAGUAUUUAUUAAGUUACAGUGAACGGAGUCGGAGUUUAGAAGAAGUCAAGUGUGUAAAGUAAAAGUGUAGGGAAAGUCAGAAAGUUUAUAAUAAUAAUAAGUAUAAGAAUAGAGGAGUGACCGACCGAGUAAUUUUUAAAGUGAAUUUAACGUAAAUAAGUAUAUAACUUAGUCUUAGACAAUAUAAGACAAUGCGAGAAAAGUCACAUCAGAAUCAGUGAUUGUUUUUUCCUUAGCCUAAUGAAAUGAGCCUAAUUAAUGUAAUGUCAUCAUCAAUGACUUGUAUUAUUUAUUAGUUAUCAUUUACUUCUGACAGAUAUCUCUCAAUACUACAACUACUGUUAACUAACUAUCAUUAAUGUUGAUCAUUUAGAUUAAGCAAUCAUAAUGAUGGACUGCGGCUAUUCCGACCUGGUAUCAGAAGUGAGAGGUUGGGUUUAUUAAAAAGGCAGUGUCUACACGUCCGGCGCGCUGGACGUAUAUCUCCCACACUAUUUGUCCGGCGACAAAUUCACAUGACCGCCUUAGCAAAGUGGCGAGAGAUAUCUUGUCCAUCAGCCUUGUCACGUGACCGCGAAUGAUUCAAAACUAUUGUUAAUUUUAAAAUCUAUUUCUCUACCAAGUAAUGUACUUAGUAUCUUGAAUGCAAAUAAUAGAAAAAAACUUAAGGGAAAGUGGCUUGUAGACAUUUUUGUUUUGUUUGUUAUUUGAGUUUGUAUACCAGUAAAUGAGUAAUCCAUAAAAUAAAUUAGGUGCCAGUAUGGAGUAGGCAUCCAAUAAAAGUAAAGGAUUUCAUUUUAAAUUGUUUAAAUUGCUACAAAGUAGUUAAAAACUUCUCAUGAAACUACUGUUGCUGAUGAACAUGAUAAUAUAAAUAUAAUAUAAAAUAUUUUAAAUUAAAAUGGGGGAAAAAAAAAUCUCAUACUGGGCACUAAUAUGAUAUCGUCAAGCGACCGCUCUACCACAAGACCACACAAGAUCUUCCAGUAGCCACUUCGUUCGGAAUAAUAACGACUACUAGUCAUCCAGCGGUCACGUGACAUGCCCGCCGGACGUAUAUCACGCACACUAUUGUCCAGCGCGCCGGACGUGUAGACACUUCGUAUUAAAAAAUAGGCCAUGUCUACACGUCCGGACGUAUAUCUCCCGCACUAUUAGUCCUGCGACCAAGUCACAUGACCGCCGUAACAAAGUGGCGUGAGAUAUCUUGUCGGCCAGCCUUGUCACGGACUGCGAAUGAUUCAAAACUUUUGUUAAUUUUAAAAUCUAUUUCUCUACCAAGUAAUGUACUGAGUAUGUUGAACGCCAAUAAUAGAAAAAAACUCAAGUGAAAGUGGGUUGUAAACAUUUUUGUUUAGUUUGUUAUUUGAGUUUGUGUACCAGUAAUCUUUAAAAUAAAUUAGAAUUAGGGCAGGGGCCAGUAUGGAGUAGGCAACCAAUAAAAGUAAAAGAGUUCAUUUUAAAUUGUUUCAAUUGCUACAAGCUAUUUAAAAACUUCUCGUGAAACUACUAUUGCUGAUGAACAUGAUAAUAUAAAUAUAGUAUAAAAUAUUUUUAAUUAAAAUGGGAAAAAAAAACGAUCCUAUACCAGUAUUGAUCCUCAAAUCAUAAUAACGUCAAGCGACCACUCUACCACAAGACCACACAAUAUCUGCCUAGUUGCACUUUGUUCAGAAUAAUAACAACUACUAGCCGACCGGCGGUCACGUGACAUGCCGCCGGAUGUAUAUCUCGCACACUAUUUGUCCGGCGCGCCGGACCUGUAGACACUUCGUAAAAAAUAUGGUAAAUGGCAAAUGAUCAUUCAAGGUGCCACGAAGAUCUAUCCCUAUGCCUAACCCGAACCCUAAAUCGAUCCCUAUGCCUAACCCGAACCCUAAAUCGAUCCCUAAAGGGAUCCGGGUCCGAAUAGUGGCCAUGGUCCCAUCAGACUAAAUGCUAUUCCAAUGUCAUUUGUGAUAGUUUAUUUUAGUUAAACUGAAGAAAGAAGUUUAUAAACGUAUAGUCAAUAGUCCAUUCAAUUAUCUUUCAUUUGAUACCUAAUUUUGUCUUACAAACCCAACAAUAGUAUUUUAAAUAUUUAAAAAAAAUAAAAUCUCUCACUUGUGAUGCCGAGUCCAAAUAGCCACUUCGGUUAUAAUGAUUUAAAUGAUAAAUAUCUCUAAUAUAUGCAGUAUGACUAGUAAUGCUAAAGUAUAGCCCAUGGCCGUAAUAAAUUCUAAGAACAAGACUACUAAGAGAUUGUAACAACCUAGUCAACCAAGACUACUAUUGUCAACUAUUGUUUGGAGUUAUUAAAGUUAUGUCUGUUCCUGCUGUGAGUUUAAUUUUACUUUAUGUCUAAUAAUAUAUGUGAUAGAAUAUUUUGAGUGCAUGUUAAUCAAAUUAAUGCUGGUGCAGUCCUAAAUAACUGCAUUAUUUUUAUUACCAGUAUUUAGGGGCCAUCCAUAAUAAAUAAUGUCAGGCUAUUUAAUAAUUUUAGCCUUGAUUUUAUUCCCUUUCCCCCCAUUUUCAUAAUAAGUACUGGAUAUGUCAUUUGUCACAAAAUUUAGAAACCCUAUCAAACCUGGUCACAAAAUCGUAAGUCGUAACACACACCCCCCCACCUUUCCAUGCAAGACUUCUUGUUGUUUGUCCUUCACAUGAGAAGAUGACAAAGUAAAGGCUAUAUUUCACUGUGAGUACGCAGAGGCUUGUCAGUAUGAUUUGUUCCUUUAAAUCUUUCCCGCUUGUAGUCACAAAUAUUUUGGGUUCUAGUUGGAUUGAGUCAGUUCUGCUUUUCCUUGGCUGUGCGCUUUCUUGGGCGUGAGCAUUACAUUUGCUCUCCAAGGAUUGUGCUCCAACAGUGAGUCUGCCUCAACAGGAUGUACGAUCCAUAUCAAGUGUUUCCCACAAAUUUAGGUUGAUAGCCAUGGAUUUGAGUGAAGCUUUUAGACAAUGCUUAAAUAAUUUUUCCUACCCACCAGCUGAGCGUUUCGAUCUGGCAAGUUCACUGAUCAUUAGUUGUUUAGGAGGUCUGCUGUCUGGCAUUCUCGCAACAUGCCCUGCCCAUCUGUCUUGUCCUUUUUGAGGGAACAUGUGAUAAAGUCAGCCUGUUGUGAUAUCAGGGACUUUGUCCUGUCACCGUUUGCCAAGAAGUUUGAGUAGACAGUGUAGGUAGAGAUGGCUUAGUUGUCUAGCAUGUCUGCUGUACACUGUCCAGCUAUCACUGGCAUAUGGGAGAGUUGUUAUUAUGGUUUCCCUAUACAUUAUAAAGGUUCAGCUUAGUGAUACUAAGACCCCUUCGCUCCCAGACACUCUACCGGAGCCAUCCAGAUACAUUUUCUUUGAAAAUUUAUUGAUUUCAUUAUCUAUUUUAUUGUUUCUGACCAGGAGGUCGAAUAUGUGAAUUUUUCCACUUCUUGGAGAUUCUUUCCCAUUAUUAUUGGUUGUCCCCGGUCAGUGAAUACAAUUUGAUUUUUUUUUUUUUUAAGUUGCUGAAUCUGAAUUCUUGUAAGCUACAGAUUUUUCUGGGUAUUUUUUCAACAUGAUACUUUCUACCAGGUCCAUGAUAGUACUUCAUGUCACUGUUUCCACAGAGCCCUUCCUUACUGUUGAUAUUAAUAAUACAUUUUUAAACGAUAAAAAGGACACAAAAUUCUGAUCACAUGCAAUAUAAUAAAUGACCAUAAACUGGGACGGUUUACCAAAUGAUAAGUAUUCAGUGAAAGUGAUCUGUCAAAUAAGGUCAUAUAAAUUAUAUUUUACUCACAUGCUUGUUUAUUAAAAAAAUAAACUAAUAAAAAUCAUUUUUUAAAUCAGGCUAAAUACCUGGCACAAAUAAUUAUAGCCGGUACACAGGUGGUUGGAAGGGCAUUUGCGAGAGCUGUAAAACAAGAAUAUGCUGCAAGCCAACAAGCAGCAAAAAAUGCUGGUGGUGGUCGACAUGGUACCAGGAAAGCAGCAGCUGACACAGUUUCAGGGAUGACAUUACAAGUUUGUAUUUUUAUUGGAGCUGAAAACUGUACAAUUUUUAAUUUAAAGAAGAAAAAAGUUUCAGACAGCCUCUCUAGUUCAAUAUAAUUAAUUUUUUACACUAAAUCACUUUAUUAAUGAAUUGUCCUAUAUGACCCACAUACCAUGUAUGUCUGGCAGUUUUUAUUAUGUUUGUAUAAAUUGAUUAUACAAAUAUAUUUAAAUAAUAUUUGGCUAUGAUCUGCACAUGUCAAGUGAUAUAAUUUGCAUACUGUACAUAUUUUGAAUGUAAUUAUAUCUGUUUAUCCUCUGUAUGUUUCUGAAUAUUAAUUUCGUUUAUUUCAUUUUUUAAAAAGAGAAUUGAGCAACAUUUUGCUGUCUAAUGCAGUUUUUGUUAGUUACACAUUUUAAGAAUAAGUUUAUUGCUUGUAAACAAACUAAUUAAGGAAAUGAUCUUGUUUCAAAAUUAGUAUUGUUGCUCUUAGCCAGGCAUACACAAUUUUCCGGUAAUACUAAUUACUAAUAUAUUUGUUAAACACAAAUGAGUAAAUACAAUUGUGUAAUAUUGAGGCAAUCGCCAUUUGAGUCUUUGUCAUAGCCUCUUCAUAAAUGAUUAUCUUAAACUUAAACAGAACUCCCCAAAGCUGGUGGAGCUCAUUAAUAAUUUUAGAAUUAUGGCUUGUACUAAGUUUAUACUUUGAUAAAUAUUAAUUUUUCACAAUGAAAUGUUUUGCUUUAACCAGUAAAUGUUGUUACCUGUAAAAAAUAAAUUGAACCAAAUUUGUUUUCCCAUUCCAGGAAGCCAAACAAAUAUUGAACAUAUCAGAUGUCAGUGAUAAGGAAAGUAUAAUAAAAAAUUAUAAUCAUCUGUUUGAAGUCAAUGACAAAUCCAAAGGAGGUUCAUUAUAUUUACAAUCAAAGGUUUGUAUAAACUAAAUUACACAUCAAGUGCUUUACACAAAAUAUAAAAUGCAAUUAACAUUUAAUUAUUGAAUUGUGUCAGUUGAUAACUUUGCAUUGUUAAUGUUAGCUUUUUUUACUUGCAUAUAAUUCUUCUUCCCCUAUAAGAAAAAGGAAGCAAAAUAGACUUGCUAUUCAUAGUAUUUUUUUUGUUAAAUAAUAAAUUUUCAUGUGUAGAUACAUUUAUUAUCAAAUUAAUUGAAGACGUUCAUAUGAAAAAAUUUUCUUUUAUCCAACUCGUGCAUAAGGAGCCUCAUGGCACCUGGUUUUGUAAUACGCUUAGCCAAUUUAACCUGGAACUUAACUACCACACACAAGACUGCUAAAGUUUACUGCAUUCAUUAUUGAGAAAUCCAAGUGUGUUUGAUUCUUGUUUCAUUCUUAUUUACAUGAGUUCGAAGUUUAGCAGUCUUCAGGGAUUUAAUAUCAAGUGUCUAUAAUAAAAUUAUUGAACUGUCUGAUAUGCAAUCUUUUGAUAUUGAUGAAUCCCAAUCAGAUUCUCAAAAUAGCUCAGUUACUUUUGUGUUACUUUAGCAUGUGAUGCCAAUAUUGACCAUCAUGGUUACAUUUACAGUAUCUUAAUAUACAAUUUUAUACCUUUUAUAUAUGUAAUAGAUAGAAAUUAAAGUUUUUGUUCAAAAUGUACAUUAUUUUUUUAAAUUGGAGUUAUACCCCUUUUUAGGGCAGAUUGAAUUCUGAACAGAAAAAGUAGACCAGACCAGGAAGGAUGUUGUUAUAUUCAAAUAAUUGAUUUUAAUUAAAUUUGUUUCAGUAUGUCAUGUGUUUAUUCUUUUUAAUGAGUUCAUGUGUUUUUUUCUUCUUUUUUCUCCAGGUUUUGAGAGCUAAAGAAAGACUAGAAAUGGAGAUGUUAAAUCAACAAAAGACACAAGCUGAAAAAAGCAAAAGGUCUUCAGAUGAACCCUAUUCCUGACAAAACUAAAGAUGUAUGAGUGUGGAAGCAUGUGUGAGGUUUGAGGGGAAUGUGUGACCAUUGUUGAGAAGCAACAGUAAAUCUAACCCUAGUUUGGACUGCAUAUGUACAGUAUUUUAAAUAUUGUUUUGUACAUACCUAAAGUAGUGCACUAUGGGAGAUACAUAUUGCAAUCUACAUGUGAUAACUGGAUUAAAAAAUUUUCUAAAGGGGGUGAAGCAUUCUGACAUUUUUUAAUAUUAGAGCUGUAUGCCAAAUUAAACUAUUGAUCAAAAAAAAAAAAAAAAAAUCCAGUAGUUUUCAAAUUUAAAUCAUUGACUGAAUCCAUUUAAAUUGUAAGCCACAGAGGUGAUCUUCUCUAUAUCAUGACACCUACAUCAUGUCAUUGUUUAGAUGGUGACUGAAGGUCUCAUAUGAAAUAAUAAUUGCCAUCUUAUUGCGCUGCACUUUACAGAAGUUGAACUUGAAUGCUAUAGGAACCUAUUUCUGGACAUGUUUGUAUACCUGUUCACUGUUAGCUUUAAUUCUUAUAAUACCUUCAGCAGCGAUGAAAUUAGUUGUUUUAAAACUAUAUAUAUAGAUACACUAACUGAUACGUUCAUUUUAGAGCUAACAACUGAACAACAGAAGUCUGUUUCAAGUGCUUUAUUUUAAUAGUCACAAUGAACAAGGUCAUUUAUCUCAAAAGUAAACAAUAAUUUGAAGCAAAAAAUAAAAAUGUGCUAAUUAUUUUUUAUUAAAAAAAUUGUGUUCAAAGCUUGAAUUUUUUAUUAAAACUUUAUUUAGUACAACCAGUUAUGUCUUGUUGUAUUUACUUGGGUAG